GGCAACACUUUUACGCACAUCUGUACAGAUUUGAAAGGUCGCGGAUCCGCAUGUUGGUUGUCGCGGCCCGUCAUUAGCGAAGUCUGGAAAUUGCUAUAUUUUCCAUUAAUUUUGAAAGAAAACGUACAAUACAAUCUAGAAUGGCCGACCUGGAUGACUUUUUCGCCAAAAAGGAUAAGAAGAAAUCCAAGACGAAGCGAUUUGCGACGGCAGAGGAGUUAGCCAAAAAACUAGACGACACGUCAAAACGCACUCAAGAGCCCCCGAAGCCACGGAAAGACCGACUCGUAAAUAGCAAUGCGGGCGGCGAGGGCGACGAUUCGAGCAACUCGGAACAGUUUCAGCGGCAAGAGGACGAGUGGAAGGAGUUUGAGGAGGAGGAGCGCAAAGACUACACGGGCCUAAAAAUCGGUCAACUAACCAUCACCGAUGAAGAGCAGAACCAAGCGAACCUGGGACAGGGGGGAGACUAUGGCAACGACGGCGGCAGCGAUGGUGAAGAAAACACCACGGAAGGCCGUAAACCCGGCCCAUGGAAAAAGGUGGUACCGCCGGAUGACGUUGUGGAAACGGCGCCGAUUGACAACAAAACACCCAACAAAAUCUAUAUUACUCCUGCGCUGAGAAACCAGCCUCUGCCGAGAGCAACGAAAGCACGCAAUCGGGCUGCGCCCGAUAUCACAAAUGAGGAUUACUUCCCAACGCUCGGUGCUGCGCGACCAGAAGAGCAACGCAAAAAGAAGAACGAGCCUGCAUUCGAAGAAGUCCGCCACGGCGGCAGAAUCACCCGCGUUCAAGAAAUUCAAAGUGCUCCCGUCUCCAUAGGAAAUCGAUUCAAAUCACUCGCAGACGACGACAGCUAGGAACUCUGCGCGCCAAGCAUCACCUGCUGCUCCAAGUAUUUCUCUGCGCUUGAAUUUUAACAACAAAAUAGAAAUCAAACUUCUCCGAAAUUGCAUUUAUACUCAAUCCAGCUAAUCGUCUCCAAUACUGUCGUUAUCACUGUGAACAAUUCAACAUCGAACGAACAAGGACUUUUCGAGAUUAUCGCAAACUUACCGAAGCCCACUUGCGGUCAUACAAAUUGUCAAUCUAACUCUCAUCAAUUCUUGCACCGGCGGCGGGCGGCGCACCUGCUCCGAUUCCGCGUCGUGGUGCUUCCCUGUUGAUAUAAUUUGUUCAAAUUUCCAAUAUCUCCCCAAGGAAAGAGUUUGCUUAGAAAGAGUUUUUCCAAAUUUCUAGGGUUUUAGCUGUGUCGGUACUAUCACUUUGUGAUGGACGCUGUUAGUUCGUUGCAUAGGUUUUUUUAUUUUGCGUCAGAAAUUGUUUAUGUAAAUUUUCUAUUUUAUGAAUUCGAAAAUAGAAGAAAAUAUCGAUCAAGUA